AUGGCCGCCACCGCCUCUGUGACAGGCCUGAUCACCCCAAGGCGGGCCCCGGCUCAGCCCCGCGCGGCCGAGGAGGGGGACGCCCGUGUCGUCCCGCGGCCGGCGCCCACGCUGCCCCUGGCCAAGCCGCAGCCGGCGCGGGCUCGGGGCCUCUGCCCCCACCGGAAGCCCCGGAGCAAGGGCCGGGGCUGCCGGCGGAGCUCCGGCCGCUCGGCGGACGAGUACUGCUCCCAGAGGCCGGUCACCGUGGACAGCUCCAAGGCCAGGACCUCCCUGGACGCCCUGAAGAUCAGCAUCCGCCAGCUCAAGUGGAAGGAGGUUCGAAUGGUGAAAGAUGGCGACCCCUCCUGGAAGCCCACUUUUAUUGUGAAACCUGACAGUGGCUGUCAGGGCGAUGGCAUCUACCUCAUUAAAGACCCCAGUGACAUCCGCCUGGCAGGGACGCUCCAGAGCCGGCCGGCGGUGGUCCAGGAGUACAUCUGCAAACCUCUUCUGAUCGACAAACUCAAGUUUGACAUUCGUCUGUAUGUCUUACUCAAGUCCUUAGACCCCUUAGAGAUUUAUAUAGCCAAAGAUGGACUCUCUAGAUUUUGUACAGAGCCGUAUCAGGAGCCCAGCCCCAAAAAUCUACAGCACAUCUUUAUGCACUUAACCAACUAUUCCUUGAACAUCCACAGUGGUAACUUUGUCCAUUCGGACAGCACUAGCACGGGCAGCAAAAGGACUUUCUCUAGCAUUCUCUGUAGGUUGUCUUCCAAAGGUGUUGACAUCAAGAAGGUGUGGUCUGAUAUCAUCUCCUUGGUGAUUAAGACUGUCAUUGCCCUGACUCCAGAGCUCAAAGUUUUCUACCAGUCGGACAUCCCCGCAGGGAGGCCGGGGCCCACGUGCUUCCAGAUUUUAGGCUUUGACAUUCUUCUCAUGAAAAACCUGAAGCCUAUCCUACUUGAAGUAAAUGCGAAUCCCAGCAUGAGAAUCGAACAUGAGCAAGAACUUUCUCCAGGGGUGUUUGAAAAUGUCCCCAGCCUUGUCGAUGAGGAAGUGAAGGUGGCCGUGAUCAGGGACACGCUGCGCCUCAUGGACCCACUUAAGAACAAGAGAGAGACCCGCUUUCCAGAUAUCUGUAUGGACAGAAAACACAGAUUCCCUCCAGUUUCUGACAGAAUGUCUUCAUUGAAGCUUCAGCUUUCAAAGCUUUCCGUAGUCAGGUCUCAGCAGCUCCAGCAGCCACUGGCCGCGAAGGAAGAUCCUUCUGACAGCGAGCCGGCCAGCGCCUCCGACACCAACGCCAACCCCGAAGCGCACCUGCCCUCCAUCUGCCUCAAGCAGGUGUUCCCCAAGUACGCCAAGCAGUUCAACUACCUGCGCCUGGGGGACAGGAUGGCCAACUUGUUUAUCCGGUUCCUGGGAAUCAAGGGGACAAUGAAGCUGGGACCAACAGGCUUUCGGACUUUUAUCAGGAACUGUAAACUCAGCAGCAGCGGCCUGUCCAUGGCAGCCGUGGACAUCCUCUAUAUUGACAUCACGAGGAGGUGGAACUCCAUGACCCUGGACCAGCGGGACUCGGGCAUGUGCUUGCAGGCCUUCGUGGAGGCUUUCUUUUACCUGGCCCAGAGGAAGUUCAAGUCACUGCCUCUCCACGAGCAGGUGGCCUCACUGAUCGACCUGUGUGAAUACCACCUGUCCCUUCUGGACGAAAAGCGCCUGGUGUGCGGCCGCAGCGGCACGUCGGGGGGCCGGCCCCCAGACAGCGGCACCCCCCAGGAGGCCGCCCCCUCGGCCCAGCUGGCAGAAGGAAACCACCCAUCCUGCACAAACAGCGCCCCCAAGUUCUCCCAUUCCAGACACGUGCUGUCCUGAGGGCCACCCGAUGCCGCCAAUGAAGAGCGAGCCCUUCAGGGCCGGCGAGAACCCUCUGGGCUUCCGGCCUGCGGAGAGCGGGCAGGCUGCCGACGGUUCCUGCUGGAGAGCCCCCUACUUGUCUCCAUGUUCUGCUCAGCUGUGCUCUGAAAGGCUGAUGAUCCCCCGCCCGCCUUCCUCUUGGUGGUCCAACUAUUGUGAGUCGUCGGUGGACAUAAGACAUCCAAAAUGUGACAGAUGGCUUCUUCUAUUCUGGGCUCACGGGAAGCAACAACCGGGGUAAAACUGUUGCACUGGGGGCAGGGGGCACCCGCGAUCCCCAGCCUGAGCUGUGGCGAGGAAAGAACUCGAGGAAGCCGCGGCCCGGGUCCGCCGGGGCCUCGGAGAGAACACUGUUCAGUCCCAGGGACAUCAUGUUUAUUUCCUACCAGCGAGCUGUGAAAAUGAAGUGGCGCCAGCGAGUGGGCGGACGCGACUCUCCCGCCGGAUCAUGUGCUGCAUGCGGGCAGUUAGCAGACUGGCCUCAUUUAUUUCUUUAGCUUGCCUGUUGCUGCAAUGUUCGCUUUGUCAUUAAUUAAGAAAUAAUUAACCAAGAAGUAACUAAGGAAGGCUCCGGGAGUCUUAGAGCUGACAGGAGCCUCAGAGGUCAUUUUGUUUGGUAUUGUUUGACCUUGACUCCAAAGCAGGUGUCGCACAAUCACGUGGCUUCUGAUUGCCCCUCCCCCCCUGCCUCCACGAAUAGGGCACCACUGCAUGGCCAGCAGGUGGGUGGCAGGCGCGGCCAGAGGGCCUCUGGGUGGGCCGAGGGGCUUCGGGGGAGGGGACAGGAGGACCCUGGGGAGGGCCAGUGUGAGCAGGAGCCCUCCCUUCCAUGAGACCCUUUCCUUGUCUCCAUCUGUGUCCCCAGGUGAAGCCCUCCUCAGAGGGGAAGACUCAGAGGCCACCAAAGGUGGCAUUUUGGAAAACCAAGUCCUGCAGAGCUCACUCUGGGCUUUGUUUCCCAAACAGACAGACAGACAGCAGGACAAGAGGCCUAAGAUGGGAGGGGCGGGAGGAGGCUGACGCGUACUGAGUGCCUUCUACACAGGGACAUUCUAGAGGUGUCAUCAUCAGCUUGACUCCCUGGUCACCUCCAGUAGUUUCCUAAUGCUGUUCCCGUUUUCAGAUGGGACAAGAAAGGUCUGGGGGGUCAUGUGGUAGUGUCAGGCUGGGUCCAGUUCUGUGGGUCAACCCCAGAGCCCCAUUUCCUUUGUGUCCCCGGGGGGAGGCAUGACUCCAGCUCUAGUCCCCCCAUGCUCUGGGGUGGUCCCCCAGGGCCCUGCCCCCUCUCCUGCAUUCUGGUGGCCUGGGCCAGGACAAUCAGUGCUCCUAAGUGGGCUGCUGGGAGAGAAACCAAUUUGGAAGUCCCCACACCCAUUCUUCAGGGCCUGUCGUGGCUGGAGCAAAUGGGCUUUCCGGUGAAAGCCCCAAGUAAACGUGUCUCUCACACUUGUGAGCAGCUGGGAGCAGCACAGAGUCUUUUCAACAAAGCUCUGACUUUGUUUUCAGAAAGCAUUCACUUGCCAAAAUGGAGGACAGUUUUCCGCUCCAGGAUCAACCAAGCACAUUGGUUUGGGGGGCAGGGGAAAUAUCAAUAGGUUGAAUUCGAGCCACAUGGUUUGGGGUGAUUGGAAAAUGUCAGUUCUCACCGUGAGGAAUGUCCUGUCCCCCACCCUUCGCACGUCAUCUGUCAUCUGCAGGUCUGCGGGCAGGUGGCCGGACGGGGCCCCGCACCCGUGGUGAGUGUGGGAAAGAAGGCCAGUAAGUGACAGCUGGGGCCCUUUGUUCUCAGGCUGAGCAGGAAGAAUUAGGGGCCGCUCCCUUACUGCAGUGAGUGAGAGACCUCCCCCGCCCCCAGUGCCCAGGGGAGGCCCCCCUUGGGUAAUGGACCGCUCGCUCAUGUUGCACGGUUCAGCUGAGGGGAGAGCAAAGACAGACGGUUCCUUUCUCCUAGAAGAGAGGAGCCAGAGCCCGGGAGCCGGGGUCCGGAUGUGCCCCAUGAGAAGGUGAGACCCCUGUGCUUUGCCUGUUGUUACCCCGUUUCUGGGAUACGGCCCUCAGGAUCCAGCCCUGGCCUCUUCUCCCCUCGACCUCCUUCCUCCCCCUCUUGCUGCUACAAGCGCACACACACAGUCCAGCCACAGCACCCCUCACUGUUCCACUGGCCGAAGUCCCUGAAGGGCCAGCACUGCACGGUGGGCUCAGUGAAUGGAGAAGACCAGGCUCCGCCUUUCUCAGUUUGGGGGACACCAUGGGGCCACGCCCGCCUUGCUGCUGCUGGUGUCCGUCAGCCUCCUUCCUCUUCCACACUGGCCUGCCUGCUCCCCUCCUUCCAGCCUCCUGGGAGACACGCUUGGCUUCUCUGUGGUCGCAUCCAGGAGCUCUGUCCCCACAGCCUGGCCAGUACGGAGCCCGCUGGACGUGCUUAUAAGGCACAUUGGACCCAGGGUGGCUGUUAGCAAGCGCCGGCCAGACAGCACCCCCCCGCCCCCCGCCCCCGUGUGCGGAGGCAGAGCGCCCCGGAGACAGCAGCCUCCAGCCCCAAACACGUGCCCUCUUGUUUCUCCUGUGGGUCCCUGUCUGCUCUCCCUAGCUCGGAGUUCGUCACCUCCUGCCUCCCCUCCACCUCCACUCGUCCUCCGUUCUCCAUCCCUCGUGGUGCCGAAGGAAUUGAGAGAGCCGCAGAGCUGACCACACAAUCCCCUAAUUUAAUCAGCUGUCAUCUCUGUCCAGAUAAAGCCCACAUGCCUUAACCCAACGUUCAAGGCCGCUCAUAACCCAGCCCCUUUCUUCCUUUCCAUCCUGGCCCACACACGUCAGGGGACGGCCCCUGCCCCUGCCCUGACACCACGUUCCCAGGGCACUUGCUGUCUGUUGUUGGCCUUCGGGAAGCGAAUGUGCUGGAUCCUGCUGCCGUGGCUGGGUCCCAGGCCGAGGACCCGCUCCGGGCUCUCCCCUGUUUGUGCGGACUGUUCCUUAUGCCUGGAUGGCGUCCCUCCGUCCAAUAGACACUUAUCUUCCAGCUCAAACGCCCCACUGCAAUCCCGCCAACAGAAUGAACUGCCUCCCUCCGUCUACUUGUGAGAAUCUGGAAAGUUGUGUCAUCAUGUUUGCCCUGUGGCGUCACAGCACUCGCUCCCACCACGCUGCGAGUUCUUCCAGGUCAGGCAGGUGCUGGAUUCAUGCCGGCCCCUCGAGCAUGGAGUGGGGGGUCCAGCAGGUGACGGUUGAAGUAAAUGUUGAGCGAGUCCCAGGGGAGGAGCAGCGUUACAGCUCCCCCCCCCGCUCUGAGCCUGUGUGUACCCUUAAGAAUCAUGGAUUUUUAAACCUUGCCACUGGAUUCACUGAACCCCUCCAUGUCCCCAACCGGCUCGUUGGCUCCCCAGGGGCACCACCGCUGCCCCAUGAUCCCAAGCAGACAGUGGCUCCUCGGACCCUGGGCCAUCUUUCCUUUGUCCUUUGUCCCUUUGUCCUGGGCUCAGGUCUGGGCUACGCCCCCACCCUCCACUCCCCCCCCCCNCCCCCCCGUCGGUGCCCCCUCGUGCUCAGCCUCAGAGACUAAGACCCACCAGGCUGGGUGAUGCUCGCCACGGUUCCUCUCUCAAGUGUGGGGCCUUCUCCUCAGCCCUAUAGCCGCCCACCUCUGCGUGGGGUUGGUGAGCUCAGAGUAGAUAAUCCCCGGGGACUGGGACUGGUUUGGGGUGGAGCCCAGACAUUUGGAACCAACUCCCUUUCCCAUGUGACUUUAACCACACCUGUUCCAUGCUUCACUCUUUACAAAGUCCUGAUAUGUCCCUCCUGCCCUCUGAUCCUCCAACAACCCAGAGAAGGAUGGGGGUUCUCCUCUUCUUCACAGACAGGGGCUGAUGCCCAAGCUCGCGGCCAGAGGCAGAGCCGGGACCCACACGAAGCCCAUGCUCCUUUCUUUUUUUUUUUCCUUUGCUUAUUUUUUUAAUAAUAAUUUUUAUUAUGUUAUGUUACAUCCUUAGUUUUUGAUGUAGUG